AUGAGCGACGGCGGGCAGGCAACGCUUUCAGAUUUAAAGGAAGUGCUCAAGGAUACGCUGGCGGCGCGGGGCUCACUGGAUCAGAUCAAAGCUCGGAUUCGUGCCGAAAUCUUUGCGGCGCUGGAUGAUCAGAACUUGCCUAAGCCGAAACUUUCAAACGAAAACUUAAUUAUUAACGAGCUCAUUCGUGAGUACUUCGAGUAUAAUAAUUAUCGACAUGCGCUUUCGGUAUUCCUACCAGAGUCCGGACAACCAGCUGAAAAGCCAUUCGAUCGGCAUUUUCUAUCUAGUGAACUGAACAUUACGGAUGAUCCACGCUUCACGCGGGUUCCUUUACUCUAUAGCAUUGUUGCUAGUUUGCAACAAAAUCGAAACCAGGCAAAUCUGCGAGAGCGAGACUAUAAGAAUGAGCAUCAGAUCAACAAAUACGCUGCGCUACCAGGAAACAAUGAUAUUGAGCAAGCUGAACUUCGUAAGAGCUCGCUUUUCUGUAUCGGAGCUCUCACCCGUCAUUUUAAAGAAAUAGCUCAAUUGGUGCUCAUGUUAGUUCCUAUGUGA